AUGAUCCUCGGACCGGUAUCACUGCUCGACUGUCUGGUCUUUGUCAUCUUCCUGACGCCGCAGCUCCUCAUCAAUGUCGGUUUCUUCCCAACGGUAGUGGUCACUCUGAAGAUGCUGCCUUUUCUCGUGUUUCAACUGCCGACGUCCCUGUUCCACGAGCGAUAUCUACUCAGCCACGAUGAGCAGUCGCCUUUUGUGCAGCGCGCGAGUUUCUUCGAAGAUUUAGUCAUACGCUGCGUGCGUUACGCCUUUGCAAACUUGCCAACCAAUAUUGGACGUGUCUUCUUUUCAAAGUACAUAUCUCUGCCGUUUCUGCGGUUUCGAAUGCUGCGGCAUGGCUAUCUCAGGUCACCUGCGACCUGGAGUGAGCACAAGGAAAAGGGCCAACACGGCUUCGAAGGGGUUUGGAUCCAAAAGGAUGCGUCACAACCGCCCGACAUUGUGGUAUACUACGCCCACGGAGGCGGUUUUGCCAUGGGCUCCGCGUACUUUUACCUCGAGUUUCUUCUGUCGUGGCACUCGUUACUCGUCCAAGCCGGCUACCGGAACCCUGCCAUAUUCUCUCUAGAGUACACCCUCGUGCCCGAUAAAAUGUACCCAAGGCAAAUGUACGAGACUUUGAGGGGCUAUAAGCAUGUCCUGAAAAAAGUUGGAGACCCUCGGAAGGUGGUCGUUGCAGGAGACUCAGCGGGAGCAACCCUGAUAUUGACGCUGUUGCUGGAGCUGGGUCACAUGAACGAGGCCCGGGCAUUCAAGGAAAAGAGUGACGAUUCCACCGCAUCUGAAGGUCGAAGUCAGGAGCACUUGCGUCAAGCCUCAGAGUCCCCGCUUCCAGGGCUUUGCGUCUUGAUUUCGCCGUGGGCCAAGCUCAUCUCCAACAAGCAUGAAAAUACGGCCAGCGACUUUCUGGAUCGCGACACGCUAUGGAACUACGCGGUGCAGUAUGCUGGGGCAGCGCAUGUCUACGACAAGACCGCGUCGCCUGGGCAGUGCGCCGAUCCUCGGGUGUGGGCGGAAGCUAGUCCACUUUGUGGCUUCUUCAUCACGUACGGAUCAGAAGAGGUGUUCGCACCCGACAUCAAGGACCUGAUUAACGUCUUGGUCAAAAGUACCGAGGUCGACAGUCGUAGCGAGGAUGGCGGGAUACACGCCUGGCCCGUUGUUUCGUUAUUCCUGUCAAGCACCGAAGACAAGAGACUCAAGGGUCUGCGGACACUCACGUCAGCCAUCAGAAAACACAUCCAGUAG